GUCAGUGCCACCACCUGCGCCGGCGGCCGCUCUCCCGUCGCCGUUCAGCCAUUGCAGGGGAAGGGACACGCCACCCUAUGUGCCUGUGAAAAGCCUCCUUCCUCACACGUUGUCUGGCCCCUAGAAAGAGAGAAAGAAAGAGAGAGAGAGAGAGAAAGACAGAGGGAAAAGGAAAAAGGAGAAAGAGAGGAGACGGAAAAAAUGCUCGUCAAGGAAUUUCGGGUUAUCCUGCCAGUCACAGUUGAAGAGUACCAAGUGGCGCAGCUGUACAGUGUUGCGGAGGCAAGCAAAAAUGAGACGGGUGGCGGAGAAGGAAUUGAGGUGCUCAAGAACGAACCCUUUGAGAAUUACCCUCUCCUUGGGGGCAAAUACUGCAAGGGCCAAUACACCUAUAAAAUAUACCAUCUCAAAAGCAAAGUACCAGCAUAUAUCCGGCUGCUUGCACCUGAGGGAUCGUUAGAGGUACACGAAGAGGCCUGGAAUGCCUACCCAUAUUGCAGGACUGUCAUAUCGAACCCAGGCUAUAUGAAGAAAAACUUUGUCAUUUGCAUUGAGACCCUUCACGUUGCUGACAUGGGGACGACGGAGAACGCCCACGAACUAACUGGAGACAAGCUGAAGAUGCGAGAGGUUGUGACCAUCGACAUUAGCAACGACCCAGUCAAGCAAGCUGACUACAAGCCCUCUGAAGAUCCCACGAAGUUCAAAUCGGAGAAGACAGGGCGAGGACCUCUGAUAGGGCCCCAGUGGUGGAAGAAGUGUGAUCCCGUCAUGACCUGUUACAAGCUGGUGACAUGUGAGUUCAAGUGGUUUGGACUCCAGACGCGCAUUGAGAAGUUUAUUCAGGAUGUUGAACGAAGACUUUUCACCAAUUUCCAUAGGCAAGUUUUCUGUUGGAUGGACAGAUGGCACGGACUGACCAUGGAAGACAUUCGGCGAUUGGAAGACAAGACAAAGGAAGAACUUGACCAGCAAAGACAGGUUGGCGAGGUGCGAGGAACGAAGGGCGAAUAAACCCACGCGGCACUCCACUCCGGCAAUGCAGAAGAACGCAAGCUACCAGACGAAGAUGGACUAUCCACUCAAGUUGAGAGAUCAAUCAUUCAGCACUAUAGGAAAUAUUGGGUCUAUUGCAAUUGUUGUUUUCAUUGAUCUGCAUCCAGUACAUUCAUAAGGAAUAGGGAGGAGAGAGAAUAGGUCAUAAGGGGAGACAGAGAGUGAAGCGGUUGGGACAUCGGAAAACCUUCUCUUUCCCCUUUGAGUUGGUCAGAUAUGAGUGGGUUUUUUUUAUAUAUUUCCAGUAGAUCAAUAAUCAGAGUUGUUAAUUUGUUGUGUCUCUGAGGAUUUGGUUUCAUGAUCUGAAUCUGUAACAUGUCCUCCACUUCCAUCAUAAGAAGCUUGUUAAUCAUGUUUCCCAAAUGAUUAUAUUUGGUAGAGUUGUCAUAGGAAUACAGCAUUUAUUCAGUAUUAUCUAAUGACAGUUCAGUCUUAAUUUUUAAAAAAAUCUUCAACCCCACUUUUAAUGUGAUGCCAAAAAGAUAAGAUGAAAAGAACAAGAAUAGAGGGAAGAGGUAGUAAUUAGUAGAUAGGAUGAGACAGAGAAAUAUCUGGGACUGACUAGUUUGAAAAAUACAAAAAGAUAAUACUAGAAGAGUCAUAAGUUAUGAAUAGAGUAAUUCAUUCAGGCAUGCUUAAGAAAAGUGAAGGACUUUUCAUUCUGAAAACUUUGAAUCUCUGCUUUGUGAAAAAGGUUUUUGUCAUUUUUAGGUACUUUGUUGUUUUCUCCUUUUUAUUUCUUCCUUAUUUAUUUAUUGAAAAUGUAUCCUUUGUUUUCCUGGUUUGAAUAACAAAGUAACUGUUAUUAUAUCUGACGUGGCUUUUGAUCAAAAUCAUAAGGUAAAAAUUAUUGCAAUUAAGCAUAUUUUAAAACUUUUGUUAUUGUUGUUGUUAUUGUUACCAUUAAUAUAAUCAUUAUGCUGAUGCUAUAUUUUGAUAUUAAUGAUGAUAUCAUUAUUAUGAUUUACUUUAUUCCAUUUUCAUUUACCAUAUUUGUCAUGGUGAAUGAUACUUAGUAUGCAUAUAACUUAUUUGAUAAAACAUCUGUUAUGAGUAACUGAAGUUCUCCAUCGGAUACAUUACUGUCAUUGACUGAAUAUGAUAAAUACUGUUGCAUUUGUAAUAUUUCUUGUAAUGCUGAAUUGUUACCAAAUAUGGAAUUCCAAUGUACUCCCUUUGUCAAGAGAAAUGAGUUCUGCUCCUUGUUCAGAUCUGACAAUAAUGUAUAAAUGCUAGUCCCAUUACUUCACAAAACUUAGGGUAUAUUCUUUAUUUUUUUAGUUUUGAAAGUGAAAAAAGAAGCAAAGGGAAAUGAAAUCUCCAUCACUUAUUUUGUGAAGGCAUGGUCCUUUUAACAGUUUGUUCAGUAAUUUGUUAUGUGAUAUGAAUAUCUGUCACUCUUCAUUAGUUAAAUCUCCAUAUCUCAAAACUUUUGUUUUAUGUAGAAAUUAAACAGAAAUUUGAUGCUAUAGAAUUACUAGUGGAAUGAUAGACACACAGUUGAGUGAAGUUGUUAAUUAUAUGAAUAUUAAUCAGAAUCUCGAUCAUUACCAGUUCGGUGUGUUCUUGCCUCUUAGUUGCAAUAGGAGGGAAGGAAAACAAGCAGAAAAUUAAGAACGGUUAUGUAGGGCCGACUGGGUCUGUCAGAGGAAUUAUCGAGCAUAGAUUAAAUUUAGUUGGUGAGUCGUGAUUGUUGUUCUGCCUGACAUGUGAUUAGUGUUUGUUUGAGUUGUUGAAAAGGUUGGUGGUUGUUAGUUGAGAGAUUAACAGUAGUGUAUCCCUGUGCUGUUAAUGUAACGUGAUAACAGAGAAAAAACUGUAGGUUGUAAAUGGAGAGAGCAAGUAUAUUUUCCUUGUAGGAUCCAAGCGAGUGAGAUUCGGUUAUUAUUCAGUGGCUUCAGAGUAAACAAAGUCUGGAGGUAACUUAGACGGCCGUGAGCAUGUCCACUCCCUACAUAGAACUGCAUUCAUCUAGAGGAGAAGUUUAGCAAACUUGCCAUUUAUUUGAGAAAAUAGGCCUCAGGGCAAAGAUGUAAAGAGCUCUGCAGUAACCUUGCCUAGUUUAAGUCAGCAUUCUCGAACUUGACUUUAGGUGUUCAAACAAAUUUCCAUCGAGAACCAGUGUGAAGAAGACCUCCCCUCUUUUGCUGGUUAGUGUCAUUGGUUGGAAGAUUUCAUUUAGGUAAUUAUAGGGUUGAGUACAGUAAAAACAGUGCUGGUUUUAUUAGAAAUCAUGUACUUUUGAAAAUCAUGAGUUCAUUGUAAUGAGAAUUUUAAGAACAGGUAUAGGAAAUUCUGAGAUUAGUUUAUUAACAUCAUGUAUCAGAAGACUACUCAUGUCAUAGUUGAAAUAAAAUACCUGUGGCCACAUCCCCUCCAAACUCCCUUCUCCCUCCCUCCCUCUUUCCCUCCCUUCCUUCCUCCCUUUUUUCCCCUCCCUCCCUUCCCCUGUUUCCCAGAAAUGCACAUGGCUUUCAGAAAAGAUUAAAUCACUAGACCUGUAACAUUUCGGCAUUUUGAAUAGAAGUGGACAAUGUUUAGCACGGAACGAUUCUUUCGUCUUCUUCUUUUUCUCGUCUCAUUUUUCCCGCAUUUAGAAGAAAGUCAAUUAAUUACUGGGAAAUGUAGAUGUAACAUCAUUAGCUAGGAGUAAUUACAUUGAAGGUAGAGAGAUUCCUUCUAAGUUGUGUGUCUUUGAAGUGAUGGGUCUGUGCUAGGUUUCUCUCUAGGUUUUCACAUAUUGCUAAUAUCUAAUGAUGAUGUUUGUGUAACGUUUUGUUAUGUCUGUAAUAGAUGAGACUUACAGAUUGUUAACGGAUGCAAGACUGUUGACAUUACUGUUGUUGGUGGAAUUUGCGUAUUCUCCGCUACGUUUCUGAGGCUGCUCAUUUUGAAAUAAUAAAAUGACCAAAAUGUUAGCAGGUUAAUGUUAUCAUCUGGGAUCAUAUGUAGUUCAAACUGUGUGCUUUUAGACUGAGCUAAAAUUUGUGAUAGCCUGUGUUCCCAUUUUGUUUCGGCACUAGAGGCUGACCCUUUCAGGAAUGCCAUUAAGUCUCCUAAUAGAUCUCAUGCCAUCACCCUCUGUGGAACAAAAAUAGUGAUGAUCUAGUAGAUAUAGUAGACUGUUUUUAAAAGAUUUCUCUUAUUUUUAUGAUUAUGAUUAUUUUUUUAUUUUCAUUUCUUGUCUAGAGAUAGAUUUCUAUUUUACUUUGCUCCAGCUGUUGAACAUAACACAUGUUGCAUAUUAGAGGCACUCACACGCAUUCCAGUCAUAGAUCUUUGUUGCUUCAGUUCUAACAGCUUGAUAUUCAAGUACCGACUACGCUCAUUUUUGAGUUCAACGCGUGUAUUAAGUUAGCACAGUUGUAAAUAAGGAAAGCACCAGUGUUAAGCAGACCAUGCAGCAGCUUCAUUUAUUCCCCCCUUGAGGGCCAAGCCACAAAUGGGGGAAAGAGUGCCAAAGAUGUCGUGGGCAACACAGAGAGAAAAAAAUGUCUUUUUGGCAAAAACUUACGUAGAGAGAACAGAUUGGUACAUGUAUGUUAGAUCAGAUGAUAAUAUCAUUAACUGAUAAGAAUGUUGUAUUUAAAACUUCUCUGUUGCUUGCUACGUUGGUUUUUGGCAUCUCUACUUUCCAGGGUUUUUUUUUCUAUUUUUUGAUUGUUUUUAUAUUAUUUUUUGAAUUUCUUUUUAUCUUUUUUUUUUUUUUUCUAUUUGUGUAUAGAAUCAUUCCAUUAAACUGUGCAGUUGAUCAUGAAUCUGAUUUACCUGUUAUGUGAAGCUGUAGUGAUUUAUUAGCUUAUCUGUUGUUUGGACACCUGAGAAAAUGUAUGAUAAAUGGAUAUGCUGUGUGUUGAAAAUUGUUUAUUGAAGAAAGCCGUAUAGAAAGGAAAACAAAUAAAAGAGUCAAUUGCUUGUUUGAUAUACUAGUGAAUCCAGUUGGGUAGAAAUUUGAAAGAGAAGAGGAGUUUAAUAAAAAAGUGUAGUUAUGCAUUAUUUGUUUGAAAGGACAACUAAAAAGACAAUAUAAACAUUUAGUGAUCUUUAAACUAGGUUUAUAAUUUGUAGAAAAAAGAAUGUGUCAUUUACUGCUAUGUGAAAAAGUCCUGGAAGAUUUUAAGACAUGAGUAUCAGUCUAGAUAUCUCCAUGUCAUGUGAAAUAUGCGAAAAAUGGAUUAGAGUCGAAACAAGUAACGAAAUAGACUCUUAUGAAGGACACAAUGGAAGAAAAAAAAAAAAAAAAGUGGCUACAGUUUGUUACUGAUGAUUUGUUUUAAUACUUUUCUUUUUAUCAUAAGUCUCACUUUGUUCCAUACAUAGUCAUUAUUGUGAUGAAUUUCUUGAUAUUAAUGAUAUCCGUUGAGCAUAAUAUAAUGCUGAUGAUUUUGUAUCAACCAUUUCAGUUCGUAUCAUCAUCAUCAGUAAUCCUCCAUCCAGGUAUCACAUGCCGCAUCAUCUAAGGUAACGAGCAGUCCCUCACAUGUCCCUAAAGCAACUAGACCAUGUCCAAUGUUCCAUAGUAGUUGGACGAUUCCUCACAAUUCAUUGGUUAAACUAAGCCAUUCCUCACAGUUCAGCAGUUAACCAUUUUUCAUACUCUACGCACCACCAUUCCUCACUGUAGGCUAAACCUUUGCCCCCGAUCUGAAACUAUUUUUCCAGUUGGUCAGUGGGCGAAUAAAAAGGGUUUGUGGAGGCAGAUGGAACUACCUCUGUAUUUUUAUAAUCAGGAGGAGGUUCAUUGCAAGUGGAUUUCACAAUCGGUAAUCAAAAUUUAUGUUUCAUCGUGUCUCAGACUGGUUACAUUUGGUAAUUUCAGAGUGUGCACCAAAAUCAUGCGUGAUGGCUUUUUAGCAAUAUUCUAAUACUUUUUUUUUCUUUUGAAAUUAUGGUCAAUAAUUAGAGAUAUAUUGUUGUGGUUGGUUCAGUAGAGGAAUAAUAAAAGAUAUUGUUAUUUGUUCUCUUUGUAUAUAUUCUGAGUAUUAAAUCACUUUCAUGCUCCUCAACAUUGAUAUUGGAACAACAAGUGUUUUGGUCAGAAGAAAUACUCAUAUUUUCUGUCUGAUUCACUGAAAUCAAUUGAAUUAUGCAAAUUUAGGGGGAAGAGAAGUGCUGUUAUUUUUGUAGGUGAGGGGAGAGUGAUUGCAUAUCAUGACCGUGACCAUCACAACCCUCCACCUGCAGUCCUCUCUCCCCGAAGUCAUAGAUAGUAAAUGCUCCAUGAUAACCUAUUUCUGCUCUCUAUUUACUUAACCCUCAGGUAUAUAUAUUUUUUUCUAUGUAAAUAUAUAUUUUUAGUAAGUUAUAUUAAACUCACUUUUUUUUUUUUUUUUUUCUUAUUGCAUCUUGUUUCUCAAGUUGAUCUGUGUAUAUCAUUUACGUUCAAGCCUUGUCUCACACUCCCCUUUGAAGAUUGGCUCGUGACGUAUUCUGAUCACUCACACUUUCAUGGGCCUUUGUCCCUCAAGACUUGCCUUGCCAUAAAUAAUGUCAUAGUUUACAUACAUUCCUUUCUCGUAUCAGUCAGUAUUUAUAAUGCACUGCGAUUUUACUUCAAUCAGAUUUAUACAUCAUUCUAUUUUUUUAUGGGCAUUCAUUAAGUUCAUAAUAUGUUGUUUGAUAUUUUGAUAAUCUGCUGUACCUUGUUCCUGAUUGUUAAUGUUUUUUGCAUCAUUGUGACCAGGCAUUGUGUGUUUGUGAGGAGUGUACAGUAAGUGAACAUUUAAAAUAAUGACUUAGUAAGAGAAGAUAAUGUAAUGCUGUAUUAGUCCAAAUAUAAUAUGUUCAGA